AUGACAACGCCUUACGGGCGGCAAACAAUGGGCGAAAGUGCGGCGGAAAAUGGUGCCAAUCUAUCUAACUUUAACUACAUCUACGACAUUCCAAGGAUGGAGAAAAAACGGCUUGCUGCGCUGCUGGAGAUCAACGACAAGUGGUACGAGCUUGGACUGAAACAGAUGGGAUACAGUAGCGCCGACCUGGAUGGUACACAACGGUGCUGUCAACGAAACAAUCGAUCACCAGCGGAAGAUUUGCUCGAUAAAUGGGGCAAUUACAACCACACGAUCACGGAACUGUUUGUUGUGCUUUCGCGCGAGAAACUAUACAGCUGCAUGGAAAUCAUCAAACGCUAUGUUCAUCCGCGAUACCAUGUGCUGAUAAAGCAACAGCCCCGAGGUGAUGGGCGACUUUCACCUGCCAAUGAGAUGGGUACAUUUUCCGGUGCGGAUGUAAAAACCGAACCGAAACUACCAAACGUCCACUGUGGCCCAGAAGCAAAAGAGGUGAACGAUGGAGCUAACAAGAAAGCGAACGGUAAUCCGGUCGCGCCGAAAGCUCCCCAUGGAAUGGCCGCCAAGAAUGAAAGCAAUCCGUUAAAUUCGAAAGAAAAUUCCCCUUUCGCCAAUGAACUGGCGGAUCUGUCCAGUUUAAUACCGAAAAUUAGCUACGAUGAGCUGACGGCUGCUACCGAAAAUUGGAGUGAGCGGAACAUCCUCGGCAAGGGUGGCUUUGGAACGGUGUAUCGAGGGUUCUUCAAACAUACGUACAUGGCAAUCAAAAAAAUCGACUGUAGCAAGGUUAAAACGAGCGAGGCGGAGCGUAUCCAGCUGCAACAAAGUUUCAACGAGCUGCGUUUCCUUAAUUCCUGUCGCCAUGACAACAUUGUGCCGCUGUUCGGAUACAGUUUAGAUAAGGAACCCUGCUUGGUGUACCAGUUUAUGCAGGGUGGUUCUUUGGACAAAAGUUUGUUUGCACGUCGACCCGCACCUACAUUGACGUGGAAGGACCGGAUGAACAUCGCGCUAGGAACCGCAAAAGGCCUCCAGUACCUUCACACCUUUGCCGAGAAACCGUUUAUACACGGUGACAUCAAGCCGGGCAAUAUACUGUUGAACGAAUACAAGCAACCACGCAUCGGUGACUUUGGUUUGACGCGCGAAGGAGCGCUGCAAGAUUCGGCUAUCGUUGUGACGUACCUGUACGGUACCAGGCCAUACAUCCCACCGGAGUUUCUCAGACACCGGGAGCUAACCACCAAGGUAGACACGUACAGUUUCGGGGUAGUGCUGUGCGAGAUCGGGACCGGUUUGCGGGCGUGGGACGAACGGCGAACGGAUAAACAUCUGAAGGAGUACAUUACCCGGGCGGUGCAAGAAAAUAUGGACGUUACGCAGCUGAUGGACAAAUCGAUACCGAUCGAUUCUGCUACGGAUAAUUUGUUUUGCUUGCAAAUACUCAGAGUGGGCCAUCUGUGCACGAACGAUGAUCCGCGACAGCGACCAGAUAUGGUGACGGUGAUGUUGCACCUUAGUAGCGCAUUAGGGAGGGUUUGA